CCUUGGAACACGACAGGCUUCCAGGACACGCGCAUUUUCUCGACCGAGGCAGCAGCUAGAUGGUGCUAUAUAGCCAUAUGAUUCCUUCAGUUGAUUUGAUUAGGUUUGGACGGGAGAUGUAGUGCCAGUUGCAAUGGCUGGAGGCACUGUGCUGCCUUAUUGUUCGUUUGACUAACAAACUCCAUGCGAGUCUACCGCUUCUUUCAAUGUAAUCCUGUAUGUUUAACCAGUCGGUCCGACAUGGCGACGAUGAAGAAGCCUUGUAUCGGAACAGUCAAAAUCUAAUCUAUGAAGUCAUUUGCGACUGGAAUUGCAAGGGGGAUUCCUAUCCAAUAACGCCCUGGAAAUUUUACACGUGCGCGACCUGCAAAUAUUUAGCAAAGGGAGCUAGGCUGCGGGAGGGACCAUGGUGGAUGCGGAGCCGAGACCGAGAGCGGGCCAAAGGCUGGGCGCUCAGGAGAGCCUGGGGAUCAGCACCCUGGAGCCCGGGCACAGGCCUCCCGCCAUGCCCGCGGGCCGGCACGUCCCCCUCAAGGUCCGCAUGCUGGACGACGCCGAGGAGGUCUUCGACGUCUCGCAAAGAGCCCCAGGGAAGGUGCUGUUCGACCUUGUGUGCGCCCACCUGAACCUCAUCGAGGGCGACUACUUUGGCCUGGAGUUUCUGGAUCACCGCAAGAUGGCUGUCUGGCUGGAUCUGUUGAAACCCAUCGUGAAGCAGAUCAGAAGGCCCAAGCACACUGUGUUGCGGUUUGUGGUGAAGUUCUUUCCCCCUGACCACACCCAGCUGCUGGAGGAACUGACCAGGUACCUCUUCGCCCUGCAGAUCAAGCAGGACUUGCUCUGUGGACGCCUCACCUGCAACGACAGCAGCUCUGCCCUCAUGGUCUCCCACAUCGUCCAGUCUGAGAUCGGGGACUUUGAUGAGGAACAGGCCAGACAGCAUCUUCUGACCAACAAGUAUAUUCCUGAUCAGGAGGCCCUGAUGGACAAGAUCAUCGAGUCCCACCGCAAGCAUGUGGGGCAGACGCCGGCGGAAUCGGACUACCAGCUGCUGGAGGUCGCCCGCAAGCUGGAGAUGUACGGCGUACGGCUCCACCCUGCCAAGGACAGGGAGGGCACCAAGCUGAACCUCGCGGUGGCGCACACGGGGGUCCUGGUCUUUCAGGGGCACAUGAAGAUCAAUGCCUUCAACUGGUCCAAAGUGCGCAAACUGAGCUUCAAGAGGAAGCGGUUUCUCAUCAAACUGAGGCCAGACUUGAAUCAGAGCGCAUACCAGGACACCCUGGAGUUUAUGAUGGGCAGCCGGGACUGCUGCAAGGUGUUCUGGAAGAUCUGUGUGGAGUACCACGCCUUCUUCCGUCUAUUCGAGGAGCCCAAGCCCAAACCCAAGCCCGUGCUCUUCACCAGAGGAUCCUCCUUCAGAUUCAGUGGGCGGACACAGAAGCAGGUGAUCGAUUAUGUCAAGGACUCGGAAUUCAAAAAGAUCCCCUUUGAAAGGAAGCACAGUAAGGUCCAGUCCAAUAGCAGCCUGUCUCCUCUGCCUUCCCAGCUGCUCACUGAAGUGCCAAAAGAAAGCGCAAGCUGCACUUCCGGGGACAAGCCGGACUCCCCGAGCAGGCCGGGCUGGAAGAAGGCGGUGCCUGUCACUGUGGAAGACCACGGCGGCCUGCGGAAGCACGCCAGCCCCUCCCUGCACAACGGACGCGAGGACCGGCCGGGCGCCCGGGACGAGGAGCCGAGAGGCCAGCCGUCCCCCGGCAGGCAGCACGCGGACCACCUGAGCACAGCUUUGGUAGCAAACAGUCCUCGGCUCUCUGAAUCUUCUGGACAGUCUCAGGGCCUGGUCAACGGACAAAAGCAGAGUCUGGCCCUCGGUCAGAGCCCGGAUGGCCGGCAGCCCUCUCCCCUCACCAGCCCCCUGCUGAACGACGCGGGCUGCCUACGCCCCGACGAGGAAGACGAGGUUCGGAGGAAGAGGUUCCCAACGGACAAGGCCUACUUCAUCGCCAAGGAACUGCUGACCACAGAGAGGACAUAUCUAAAGGACCUGGAGGUCAUUACUGUGGCCUUCCAGAACUCGGUGGGGAAAGACGAGGCCAUGCCCGAUUCUCUCAGGAACGUCAUCUGCUCCAACUUUGACCCUCUGUACAAGUUCCACACCGGCUUCCUGAAGGAGGUGGAGCAGAGACUGGCCCUGUGGGAGGGUCGUUCCAACGCCCACAUCAAAGGAGACUACCAGCGCAUUGGGGAUGUCAUGCUGAACAAUGCCCAGGGCAUGAAGCUGCUGACCGGUCACCUGCAGAAGCACUCGGAGGCCUUGCUGGAGCUGGAGAAGGCGUGCCGGGCCUCCCGAAAGCUGGAGGCGCUGUGCCGGGACUUUGAGCUGCAGAAGGCGUGCUACCUGCCACUCAACAUCUUCCUGCUCCGCCCCCUGCACCGCCUCAUGCACUACAAGCAGAUCCUGGAGCGGCUGUGCAAGCACUACCCAGCCACGCAUGUGGACUUCAGGGACUCCAGAGCCGCACUUGCUGACAUAGCAGAGAUUGCGACCCAACUGCACAGUCCCAUGAUCAAGAUGGAGAACUUCCAGAAACUUCUGGAGCUGAAGAAGGACUUGGUCGGCAUCGAUAAUCUGGCCAUUCCAGGACGUGAAUUCAUCAGGCUGGGCUGUCUCAGCAAGCUCUCUGGAAAAGGCCUCCAACAGAGAAUGUUUUUCCUGUUCAAUGAUGUCCUCCUGUACACGAGUCGAGGGAUGACGGCGUCCAAUCAGUUCAAAGUUCAUGGCCAGCUCCCCCUCUAUGGCAUGAAAAUCAGAGAAAGCGAGGAAGAGUGGGGCGUGCCUUACUCCUUCACCUUGUCAGGACAGCGGCAGUCCGUGGUCGUGGCAGCAAGCUGUGGGGCAGAUAUGGAGAAAUGGAUGGAGGACAUCAGCAUGGCCAUUGGCCUGGCAGAGCAGUGCAAUGGCCACUCCUCAGACCUGCAGGCCGGAGCUCUUUCGGAGAACAAAUCCCCAGAGGACUUGACUUUAGAGCAGGAGUCCGAGGACGACAUAAGCGCCUCUCGCACUUCCCUGGAGAGACAGGCGCCUCACCGUGGCAACACUACAGUGCACGUGUGCUGGCACAGGAAUACCAGCGUGUCCAUGCUGGACUUCAGCAUAGCCGUGGAGAAUCAGCUGUCUGGCAACCUGCUGAGGAAGUUCAAGAACAGCAAUGGCUGGCAGAAGCUGUGGGUGGUCUUCACAAACUUCAGCCUGUUUUUCUACAAGUCCCAUCAGGAUGACUAUCCCCUUGCUAGCCUGCCCCUGCUGGGCUACUCUGUCACCAUCCCCUCUGAAUCCGAAAACAUCCACAAAGACUACGUCUUCAAACUGCAUUUCAAAUCUCACGUCUACUAUUUCAGAUCUGAGAGCGAGUACACUUUUGAGAGGUGGAUGGAGGUCAUCCGCAGCGCUACCAGCUCCGCUAGUCACUCCCAGAUCUCGAGCCGCAAAGAGCCACACCCCUUCUGAUACGAAGUCCCGCCUUGCGCCCCCUACCUCCAACUCCCAUUUGUGCAAACCCAACCUCUUCCGCAUCACCACUCCCCCUGCAGCCAGUAAUGCUGUUACGUCCCAUCGCACCCUUUUCACUGGGAAUUGAUCAGGUCUUUCUGUUGUUUCGUUUUCAACACUAAUAGGACACCGGUGCAUAGACCAGUGUUCAAGCACAACGGCUGAGCUUUAUUAUGCUUUAAAGGUCACAUGUCUGCUACUGUUUUCUGCAUUUUUACUGGACUUCAAACCUUCUUUUGUAGGAUGUCAUUUUAUACAAUUUUUUAAAACAACCUGUGAACCACUUGGUAACUUUUACAUAUUGUCAUAGCUUGUGUUUUUUAGAGGAAAUCCUGUUGAUAAUGAUGGGAUUGUUUGUUUUUUAAUUCAAACUUGUUGAAUAGAUAACUGAAUUCUCAUAGCUAGUCCCAAACAUUGUUUUGUCACCGUAAUUCAAAGUGUUAAUUGUUCUUUUUCUAUGUUUUGAAUGACAGUAGCUGCUUUAAAAUGCAACAGCUUGAGUGCCAAACAUUCUACCAAUGUUCCUCCACCUGUAUUGUUUGAUUGCAGUAUGUUGGUGAUGCAUAGGUUUCUAAAAAAUUAAGUUCAGAGAAUUUAUAUUAUUUUAAGAAAACACAUAUGCACCUUUAAAAUCUUUGUUGAGAGUAUCCCAAAAAAACAUGGAGGACACGAUGAUCAAACAUGUUUAAAAUAACACUACGAGAUAAGUCUAGAUAAAAUGAGGUUUCCCUAGCUAAAACGUGGAUGUGGUGAUUACAUUAGUGCUGACUCUACAGAGGGGCAGUGUGCAGUAUAAAGUCUACCCUCAAUUCAAGUGUGUGACAUUCUCUUAAACUAAUUGAAAUGUUGAACAAUGACUAAUAUUACUUAAAAUUGAAUUGGUCAUUGGAGAGAAGCUUUAAAAUCCAGAAGAAUCUGUAAAAAAUCAGGUUUAUGAAAAGCCCUGUCUGUGUCAGAGUUGUGAUAUGGCAGCCAUGUAAGGAAUCCUUUACCUAUUAUAAUGAAAAUAUGCACAUGAAACAUUAUGGGGUGCAGCAGUAUGAAUAUUCUGUGGUCUCUAUGGCAGAUAGAUUUUUUGCUUCCCUCAAACACCAGAGAGCUCUAUGGAAAAGGAAAGCAAUAAAACCACAUUUUACGAGUUAUUGUAUUGUUUUGUUUUAAUAAAACAUUUUCCACAAUCAUA